AAUGGGAAAUCUCCCAGCUCAGAGAAUAAAUGCGGAUUUUCCGUUUAUAUCAGUAGGUUUAGAUUUUGCGGGACCUUUCUAUAUUUUAAAUAGGAAGGGUCGAGGUGCUAAAUUAAUAAAAUGCUAUUUAUGUUUAUUUGUGUGUUUACGCUAUAAAUGUUUGCACUUAGAAGCGGUUAGUGAUCUAACAAAAAAUGCUUUCAUAAUGACGCUUAGGAGGUUCAUUGCGCGAAGGGGCAAGCCUGCGGAAAUAUUCUGUGACAAUGGUCGAAACUUUGUCUCCGCGGCUAAAGAAAUAGGUCAAUUUAUAAAAGCUAAUCAGGAACCUAUGUCUGAUUUUGCGAAUCAAGAAUACAUAAAGUUCAUAUUCACUCCAACUUACGCACCUCACUUCGGCGGUAUCUGGGAGGCCGGAGUAAAAUCCGCAAAGCACCAUAUAAAACGUGUAAUAGGCAAUAGCCAUUUGACAUUUGAGGAAAUAGGAACUCUAUUUGCGCAAGUGGAAGCGAUUCUAAACAGUCGUCCCUUGUGCCCCAUGUCUACGUCCCCUGACGACCUCCUUUCCCUCUCUCCAGGGCACUUCUUAAUCGGAAGACCAUUGACUGCACUGCCGUCGCCUGCACUGGAGAACCGCCAGGAGAUGUCUCUUCAACGUUAUGCUAGGAUAGAAAAGAUACGCCAGCAUUUUUGGAAUAGAUGGCAGAGAGAAUAUAUAUCCGAAUUACAAGAGAGAACCAAAUGGAGAACAAACACUGCCAAACUUAAUUUGGGCGACUUGGUUCUGCUCCACGAAGAUCACGUGCCUCCGCUAUGCUGGCGCCUUGGAAGGGUUACGCGCUUGUUCCCGGGAGCCGACGGUGUUGCCAGGGUUGCAGACGUAACCACCACAAAGGGAUGCGUACGACGACCACUCGUUCGCCUCUGCCCUCUACCAUCACCGGAGGACUUGAAGUUUUGAAAGGCUGUUCCUUUCAACGAGGCGGGAAGAUGUUCAGACUCCUGAAGCUAGUCUACGAUUGCUGUGAAACGAUGAUUG